AUGUCCCCUAAAAAAGACAAGCACUUUGCUCAGGGACUACAAGAGGCUCUCAAAUCUUUCUCUCAACUCGAAAGUAGGAUCAACGAGAAUGAUACUCCGGAACAAUUCAAGAACAUGUUGCGCCAUAUAAUCACCCAGUUGAAAUUGCAGGCGGAAGUUCCCCAGUCUUCUUCAUUCUCCAGUAUGAUCAUGUCUGAUCUGUCCAGGUUGAACAUCAUGCCUGGUGGUUUUUUCGCAAUGAAAGACGGCUAUGAGGAUCGUGCCAGAGACCUUGCCGUCCUUGAAGAAGAAGGAGAACUGUGGUCAUCGAGCAAUUUAUAUUGCCACCUAUCAUUCUUGGAAAAUCAUGUUGCCAGGGAUAAUGAGGCAGGUGCAAGGACCUGGAUUGACGCAUUUCUGUUUUGGGCAGCUGCAAUGCUACCCCGCCACAAGCAUUUCCUUCUCAACAUGGAGUAUUGUGUUCCAGAGAUGACUAUCGCUCCAGGGAGCGCGGAAACCCUUUCAGGGUUCUUAGAUUGUGCCAGGGUAGUGUCCGAUCGUUACCUAAAAUCUGCGAGCCUUCAGGAACUCAAAGUGAUGGGACUAUUCGGAUUUUUCGUCACAGAAGCCAAGUACAACAAACUUGGUGAGAACUAUAUCACUCAGGCAGUAUGCGAGAUGUAUACCUGUGCUAAGAAUCUGCAACGCAAAUUCAUCCACGGUGCUCUGUCCAAUGGGCAGGCAUGGAUCUUCCUCUUCCUGACGCUAAACGAUGGAUUCAAUGGAGCCACAUAUAAGCAGUCUGAUGAGAUCGUCGUGAAUUUAAGUUGGGCCAGUGAGGGUCGGACGAGUGUAUGUGCACCACAGCCUGAUAUAAUUGCUGCUGUUUUGGCACAUUGGAUUGAAAAUAGCCUUGCAGACCUGGAAAAUGACGAAUGGUUCUACGACCCUGGCGCCAGCGAACAGACAGGCACGCGUUGA